CGCCAAUGCAAAGCUGAAGGUGGUAUGUGUAAACAAACGUGUGUUGGCAAUGACGUAGACACAGGUCCAUGUUGUCGAAAAAGUUAUAGAUGUUGUCAACCAUGUGAUGAUACACAACAAUGUACAGCUGGAGGUGGUAUGUGUAAACAAAAGUGUGUUGACGAUGACGUAGACACAGGUCCAUGUUGUCAAAAUAGUUAUAGAUGUUGUCAACCAUGCAAUGUUACCUGUGGUGGAAUAUUCAACGAACCAUCUGGAACUUUCACAACACGGAAUUAUCCUUCAAACUACUGCAAUGACCACGAUUGCAAUUACAACAUCUUAGUUAAUGAUGGUUUUAAAAUAAUGCUGAACUUUACUUUCUUUCACACCGAGGGAACAGGGUCGGACCGAAUUUAUGACUUCGUUACGGUACUUAUAAAUACUUAA